AUGAAUUCCCCUUUGUUUUCUGUCAAUGAUGUUGCUACGCAAGCACGAAUAAAUCGAGAAAGAAGAAGAAAAAAACGUCGUGAUACUUAUAAAAAUUAUAAACAUUUAUCAAAUAAUAUUAAGCCUUUCAAAAAAAGAUUUAAAUCACAUACAAAAAGAAUAAUAACACAACAACUUUCAACCGAUCAUAUGUAUUCGGAACUUACAAAUCAUUCGUCUUUUACAAAAUCAUCGAUACCUGGUGAAGAAGUUCUACAAGAUGUUAGUUUACAAGAAGAAAUCAAUGAACAUGAUAUAUUUAAGCUAAAUUUGAAUUUUUCGCCGCAAGAAGAACCGGUUACUCAAUCCGAUGAUGAAUUUAAUUUUGAUCAAAAUAGUCCAUUUUCAUCGACAAAUGAUGAGGAAUUAGUUGAUAAUGUUGCAAAAAGUUUCGGAACUUCUGCAUAA